GUUUAGACAAUUUCGACAACCCAAAACCUUUGUUUUUCUCCCGGCAGCACGCAGCCGGCAGUCAGCGUAGUUCAAGGAAGUUUUCUUCUCCGUCUUCGUCUCUCCCUUAGGUGUUAGAAAAUUCAAAGAGUUUCCAAGGUGGACUAGGCUUAGGUUUUCCUUCUCAGUUACUCGCAGAAGCACAAUUUGUUGGCUUAAGCCAUGCGGUUGUUGUUCUAUUUGCACGUUUGUUGGUUUGGAAUUGCGAAAUUACGGGUUUGAGGAAAAAGAAAGGUUUUGGAAAUGGAUCCAGAAUCGUUGCUGGAGUUCAACGGACUAGAAGAUGUUUUGCAGCCUUUACUUUGUGCAUCAAAUUCAUCUUCACUGAAAGAAGCCCUUGAGCUUCUUAUAGAAGCUUCUAGGAGUACUGUUGCCCGUGCGGAACUUGCCUUAAGGAAUAUCCUUCCUACUGUCCUUAAGCUUGUUGAAUCUCUCCAUCACAAAUCAAAUUGCGAAUAUCUCACGAAAUCUCUGAAGCUUCUUAGGAACCUAUGUGCUGGAGAAAUUGCCAAUCAGAAUGCAUUUUUGGAGCAAAAUGGAAUUGAAGUUGUUUUGAAUGUUUUGAAGUCUGCAGCAGUUCUUCCUAAUCCAGAUUUUGGGGUUAUUCGUAUGGUUUUGCAAGUUCUGGCAAAUGUCUCUUUGGCUGGAGAAAAACAUCAGCAAGCUAUUUGGCAUAAGUUUUUUCCGAAUGAGUUUUUGGUGCUUGCAAGAGUUUGUAGUCAAGAGACUAAUGAUCCUUUGUGUAUGAUUCUGUAUACCUGUUGUGAUGGAAGGCCUGGACUGGCUACUGAGCUCUGUAGAGAUUUGGGCUUGCCUAUUGUAGCGGGUAUAAUACAGACUGUUGUCUCAGUUGGUUUUGGAGAAGAUUGGUUUAAGUUACUUCUCUCAAGGUUAUGUUUAGAAGAUAUUCACUUUCCUCGACUGUUCUUUAAAUUAUGUAAAAGCAGUGCCUCUGAGAAUAGUGGAAUUUCUGAUCCCCGUGAUGAUCUUUUCUCAUCAGAGCAGGCUUUUCUUUUGAGAAUCAUAUCAGAGAUCCUAAAUGAACGAAUGGAGGAAAUAAGAGUUCCCAGUGAGUUUGCAAUGUUUGUUCUUGGAAUAUUUAAUAGAUCAGUGAAGGUUGUUGAUUUUGUCACCAGAGGCAAGUCUGGUCUUCCAACGGGCUCUAUAUCCAUUGAUGUUAUGGGAUAUUCACUCAUCAUUUUGAGAGAUAUCUGUGCCCAAGAAGGUGUAGGAGACUUGAAGAAGGAUUCCUUAGAUGUUGUUGAUAUGCUAAUCUCCAAUGAUCUUAUAGACAUUCUUUUAUCUUUGCUUCGUGACCUUGAGCCUCCAGCAAUCAUAAGAAAAACCUUGAAGGAGAGCGAAAACCAAGAAUGGAAUUUGUGUUCAUCUAAGCUUUGCCCUUACAAAGGAUUCCGGAAAGAUAUGGUUGCUGUAAUAGGGAAUUGUGCCUAUCGAAGGAAGCACGUACAAGAUGAAAUAAGACAGAAAAGUGGGAUUCUAUUGUUGUUACAGCAGUGUGUUACUGAUUAUGACAACCCGUAUCUAAGGGAAUGGGGCAUUUGGUCUUUGAGAAAUUUAUUAGAAGGGAAUGCAGAAAACCAACAGGCAGUGGCUGAUUUAGAGCUACAAGGGUCUGUUGACAUACCUGAACUUGCCAGACACGGUCUUAGAGUGGAGGUUGAUCAAAAUACUCACCGUGCAAAACUAGUAAAUAUCCCAGGAAGCUAUCCUAAGCCUGAUGAUUAAUUUUAUUCUGCUAAUUUAGUAUGCUAGACUAUCAAAGUGCCACGUUCUUUUAAGUUGUUCAAUUUGUACACUUUUUUGACAAACUGAUCCUGGAAGGCAAGAAGCUUGACUAAGAUUUGGUCAUGCAGAAGGCUCAACUCCUUUGGGUGAAAGCAAUGGAGUUCAGUGUCCAUGAAAAAAAUCAAGGUUUUACUAGUAGGAAGCAGAAAAAGAUUAAAGUGGAAAUGUACAUCCUAUGAAGUAGUGAAUUGGUGGACCAAUGAAAUGAAAGACUUACUUGUGGAGCCGGUUCUUUUGAGGCAUUAAAAAAUCUUGAAGAAAACCAGAUGGGGAGACGUUGGUAAAUUGGGAACUCACAGGGAGGAUUUGGGCGCAGCUCUUUGAGCAAGGAAUACGUACUUAUCUACCAAUAAGCAGGGUUGGUAUAAUAUUUUAGCUUUCUUAUUUCGUUAUGUCCUUUUAAACCAUCAAGAUUACGGCGGCUUCAUGUUAUUUGAUAUUAAUCUUUAAAUUACAAUAGUUUUUCCCACUAUUUAUGUAUAUAGAGUGGAAAAAGUUUACAUAACCAAUCAAUCUUCUCUCUAUUUAGGAUAUAUAUAUAUAGCUGCAAGAUAUUUUUAGAUUCCAUCCAAUACAUCUCUCUGGACCAGUUUCAAUAGAUUUAUUUAUGUCAAAUUUAACGAAUUCAUACAAAAAUUAAUUUUUCAUAACUUCCUAAUAAUUGCGAAUUAAGACAACAAAAAAUAGAACUGCACUUUUUUAUCGAUUGAGUCAACAAACUGCUGGUAGUGGGAUAAUGUAUCAGUCCACCAACUUCUUUUAGUACAUGAUGCUGUUCAUAGCCAUAUCCAAGCCAAUAAUCCUACUCUAACCAUCUUAAAAUUAAAAGCUCCAAGCCUUUCUGGAGUCUCAAGUUUCUAGUAAUAGUUUGGUGUUUCAUUACUAAUUUUGACAUUUUGAACAAGAAUAUAAUUUUUCAUCCUUAAAUUAAAAAAAAAAUUUUAUAGCAUAAUAUAUGUGUAUAGGCAUGAUUAAAAUCUUAAAGAUUAAACAAAAAUUAAGCAAACUAUAUUAAUUCCAAACCCUGU